AAGAUCACGUUGCACUUCAUGUGGACGUGGGCGACUCCACUUCUGUCGCUAGCCUCAUGAACAACGUCGGCUCUCGAUUCCGAACUCCACUGAGCAUCGUGGUGAACUGCGCUGGUGUGGCCAAGUGGCACUCUGUCGUGGACACAACGGAAGAUGAAUACGACGUACAGCUGCGAGUGAACCUCAAGGGGACCUUCCUAGUCAACCAAGCCGCCGUCAUGGCAAUGCUGGAAAGCAAAGUACCUCAGGCCGCUAUCGUAAACAUAGCAAGCAUUGCGGCCAAGCUCGGUUUUGCUAACCUCGCCACCUACGCAGCCUCUAAGGGCGGCGUCAUAGCAUUCACCAAGUCCCUGGCCCAAGAACUGACCGGAACGAGCAUCCGCGUGAACGUUCUUCUGCCGGGAGGAACGCACGCUCCACUACUUUAUGUUAUUCCUAAGGACGCGCUGAAAGCAGCUCUGUCUACGUGUCCCAUGAGGAGGUUCGCGCAACCCGAAGAAGUGGCCGAUGUGGCCAGAUAUCUGUGCACCUCUGGCAGCUCCUACAUUACAGGCACCUGCGUGGAGGUCGCCGGCGGAUUGGGGGCUUGAGACGCACGUACGACCAGCGGAAAGGAGAUUUACUUUUGCUGUUGACUUAAUAAAACUGCGAUAUAUGUGUUGCUUUUA